AUGGAAACGGGGAGAGCAGUGGACGUCCUGGAAAGUGGCCUUGAGAUCAAAUCUGUGCUGAGUCAGCAUCAGUCUGCCAAGCUGGGAGCAAGCUCUGGAUAUCCUCUGGAUUUUACAGCCUUCACCGAGCCAUGGUCCUCUCUUCGUGACUAUGAGCCUCUCCACUGGAGACCCGUGCUCCCUGGGAAAGGAACCGAGCUCCGGGAACAUACCCACAACAAGGAAGCCAGCAGGCUGGAACAGCAGGAGACCCAUUUAAAAGCUGGGUCUCAAAAUGUAGCCUGCGUCCUAAGGCUCCUGGUGCUCUUUUCUGCGCUAAUGAUCUCUGUUGUUGGCACGGCUGCUGAAGACACACUUAGUAUCCUAGAGCUAAAUGUAACCAAAGGAUGCAGGACAGUUGAAAGUGAUCAAGAAGUGAAGCCUCUGAGAGAAUGGCAACAAGAGCUCUUAAAGGCCCUGAAGAUUCUAUCCAUCAACCGGUGGUGCUGCCGGCAGCAAGACCCCUCCGUGGGAGAGGACAGCCAGGUGAGUUUCCGCUCCAACAGGGAGGUGGCUGCUGUGCCUUUUGCUCCAUAUAGCUGUCUGAAUGUAGCAACCUAUACCUUUUCUACUUCCGUUCAAGGUCUUCGUCUUGAUAUUCUUUCCGCAGAAAAGUAUUCCAGGACUGUCCGGUUUAUAGAUGCCCUGAUCUGCAUUUCUUCCCAUUCCUUCGUGGAUGUGAAGGCUCUCCUUUCUUCCUUGAGUGACUUUGCAUCCCUCUCCUUUGCUGAGAGUUGGGACAAUGUUGGAUUCCUGGUGGAACCAAGCCCACCACAUACUGUAAAUCCCCUCUUCCUGACGAAUGACCUGACUGAGGACGUGAUGGAGGAGGUGCUGCAGAAGAAGGCAGACCUCAUUCUCUCCUACCAUCCACCUAUCUUCCGACCCAUGAAACGCAUAACCUGGGACACCUGGGAGGAGCACCUGGUGAUCUGGGCUCUGGAGAACAGAGUGGCUGCCUACUCUCCUCACACAGCCUAUGAUGCCGCACCCCAGGGAGUCAACAACUGGUUGGCUAAAGGGCUUGGAGAUUGUACCUCCAGGUCCCUACAUCCUUCCACUCCCAGCUACCCUACAGAGGGAAACCGCCCAGUAGAAUUCAGCAUUAAUCGCAGCCAAGACCUGGAUAAAGUCAUGUCUACAGUGAAAGGAACUGAAGAUGUUUCUGUCACUUCUUUUUCUGCUAGGAUUGAUGAUGAGGAACAAACACGGAUUAGUUUGAAUUGUACUCAGAAGGCUUUGAUGCAGGUGGGAGAUUUCCUUUCCCAGAACAAACAACUUUAUCAAAAGACAGAAAUUCUGUCACUAGAGAAGGCUUUGCUUCAACAUACUGGAAUGGGACGGUUAUGCACACUGGAUGAAUCUGUCUCCCUGGACAUGAUUGAUCGAAUCAAAAGGCACCUAAAACUAUCUUACAUUCGCUUACCCUUGGGUGGGAGAACCUUAGAGUCCCAGAUCAAAGUUGUGGCCCUGUGUGCUGGUUCUGGGAGCAGCGUUCUGCAGGGUGUAGAGGCUGACCUUUACUUCACAGGUGAGAUGUCCCAUCAUGAUAUUUUGGAUGCUGCUUCCCGAGGAAUAAAUGUCAUCCUCUGUGAACAUAGCAACACUGAACGAGGCUUUCUUUCUGACCUUCGAGACAUGCUGGGCUCUCACUUGGAGAAUAAGGUAAAAAUUAUCUUAUCAGAGACUGACAGGGACCCUCUUCAGGUGGUAUAA